GAUAAAGCGGCGUUGUCCCCGCGCGCCGGCCGCAGCCUCGCAGCGCUCCCUCCGCGCCCGCGUCGCUGACUGACUGACCCGCCCGGCCGGCCGGCCGAGGGAGCAGCCCCCGCCCGGACCCGCCGCCGCCGCCGCAGCCCGACCCCCGUGCGCCCGGGGCUCCGCGCCCCCGCCGCCCCUGCCCGGCCCGGCCGGAGGAGACAGAUCAUCCAGUCACUCGAUGGGGAUUACCAGCGGACCACCUGUUUGUGUCACCUUCCCACCUCUCUGUAGCAAGAAAAAUCACUUCAGCACCUCUUCAGUAAUAAUGAUGAAACUGGUAUUAACUGAAUGGCAUUUAUGGAUUUUUAACUCUAAUUCACAGUAAACCAGCAAGCCAUAUGUUUAAAAUCCAACCAAAAAUCGUUCUGUGUUGCUGCAUGUCUCAUACCAUUGUGAGAAGUUGUGAGAUACCCACUUGUGCAAAGAGGAAUGUAAGUGUUACUUGCCCAAGGAACACAACCGAAGCAGAAAGAGAAGACGUCUUAAUUUAUCAUUACAGAUAUAUGAAAGCAUUAUUUAUAUAGAUAGAAUAUAUAGAGAAAUAUAUAUAUUUUUGGUGGUAAUGAAAAUGGCUCCGCAGAAUGCCGACUCGGAAUCUAUGCAAGUUCAAGAGUUAUCCGUGCCCCUGCCAGACCCGCAGAAAGCCGGAGACGCAGAGGCCGAGAACUGUGAGACCAUCAGCGAGGGGUCCAUAGACCGAAUCCCCAUGCGCCUGUGGGUGAUGCACGGGGCGGUGAUGUUUGGCAGGGAGUUCUGUUACGCCAUGGAAACAGCUCUGGUCACACCCAUACUGUUGCAGAUUGGCCUUCCGGAGCAGUACUACAGCCUCACCUGGUUCCUGAGCCCCAUCCUUGGCCUCAUCUUCACACCUCUCAUUGGGUCUGCCAGUGACCGGUGCACCCUGAGCUGGGGCCGCCGGCGGCCCUUCAUCCUCGCCCUCUGCGUCGGCGUCCUCUUCGGCAUUGCACUUUUCCUUAACGGCUCUGCCAUCGGUCUGGCCCUUGGCGAUGUCCCCGGCCGGCAGCCCAUCGGCAUCGUGCUCACAGUGCUGGGGGUGGUGGUCCUGGACUUCAGCGCCGAUGCCACCGAGGGGCCCAUUCGCGCCUAUCUGCUGGACGUGGUGGACAGUGAGGAGCAGGACAUGGCCCUCAACAUCCACGCCUUCUCUGCCGGCCUCGGCGGGGCCGUCGGCUACGUGCUGGGUGGGCUGGACUGGACGCAGACCUUCCUGGGCAGCUGGUUCCGGACACAGAACCAGGUGCUCUUCUUCUUCGCCGCCAUCAUCUUCACGGUGUCCGUGGCCCUGCACCUGUUCAGCAUCGAGGAGGAGCAGUACAGCCCGCAGCAGGAACGCAGCGCUGAGGAGCCCAGCACCCUGGACGGGGGCGCACAGCACGGCGUCACUGCCUUCCCGGACGAGGUGCAGUCGGAGCACGAGCUGGCCCUGGACUACCCGGACGUGGACAUCGUGCGCAGCAAGAGCGACUCGGCGCUACACGUGCCGGACGCCGUGCUGGACCUGGAGCCCGAGCUGCUCUUCCUGCACGACAUCGAGCCUUCCAUCUUCCAAGACGCCUCCUACCCUGCCACCCCCUGCAGCACCAGCCAGGAGCUUGCCAAGGCCAGGCUGCCCCACCUGACCACCUUCCUCAGGGAAGCCACCAAGGAGGACGAGACCUUGCUGGAUAAUCACUUGAAUGAAGCUAAAGUCCCAAACGGAAGUGGCUCCCUGGCAAAAGAUGCCCUCGGCGGCUACGCCAGGGUGGACAUGAAGCCCUCGGCCACGUCGAGCUCCGUGCGGCGACGGCGGCACGCGUUCCGCCGGCAGGCCUCCAGCACCUUCUCCUACUAUGGCAAGCUCGGGUCCCACUGCUACCGCUACCGGCGUGCCAACGCGGUGGUGCUGAUCAAGCCGUCGCGCAGCAUGAGCGACCUGUACGACAUGCAGAAGCGGCAGCGGCAGCGGCGCCGGCACCGGAACCAGAGCGGGGCCACCAACUCCAGUGGAGACACGGAGAGCGAGGAGGGGGAGGGCGAGACCACUGUGCGCCUGCUGUGGCUCUCCAUGCUGAAGAUGCCCAGGGAGCUGAUGCGCCUGUGCCUCUGCCACCUCCUCACCUGGUUCUCCGUCAUCGCCGAGGCCGUGUUCUACACCGACUUCAUGGGCCAAGUCAUCUUCGAGGGUGACCCCAAGGCCGCCUCGAACUCCACCGCCUGGCAAGCCUACAACGCCGGGGUGAAGAUGGGCUGCUGGGGCCUGGUCAUCUACGCAGCCACUGGUGCCAUCUGCUCUGCCCUGUUACAGAAGUACCUGGACAACUACGACCUGAGCGUCAGGGUGAUCUACGUGCUGGGGACACUGGGCUUCUCCGUGGGCACUGCCGUGAUGGCCAUGUUUCCCGAUGUCUACGUUGCCAUGGUCACCAUCAGCACCAUGGGUAUCGUCUCCAUGAGCAUCUCUUACUGCCCCUACGCCCUGCUGGGCCAGUACCACGACAUCAAGCAGUACGUCCACCACAGCCCCGGGAACUCCAAGCGCGGCUUUGGCAUCGACUGUGCCAUCCUGUCCUGCCAGGUGUACAUCUCCCAGAUCCUGGUGGCCUCGGCCCUCGGGGGCGUGGUCGACGCUGUGGGGACUGUCCGUGUCAUCCCCAUGGUGGCCUCUGUGGGCUCUUUCCUGGGCUUCCUGACGGCCGCAUUCCUGGUGAUCUAUCCCGAUGCGUCAGAGGAGGCCAGGGAAGAGCAGAAAGGCCUGUCUUCCCAGCUGGCCAGCGAAGGUGGGGCCGGAGGGAGCAGGGAAAAGCCCACUGUGCUGAAGCUCGUGCGGAAGGAGGGCCUGCCGGGACCGGUGGAGACGGAGUCCAUGGUCUGAGCCGCACUCCCAUUUACACACAUCCCGCCAGGUGGGCGGGCGGGCAGUCGGGUGGAUGGCAGGGCCCGGCCACGGGCGGGAGCAGACACCGUGGAGCCCGGCAGCUGCUGUGGCCGCCCUGGCAGCGCAGGCCCAAGCCCCUCCACCCCAUAGUCACAAUUCAGUCGUCAUAGGGUAGGUUUGAGCUAGUAGGCAAAAAUACCACACUAACCACUUUUUUGAUGAUUAAAAAAAUCAUUUGAAAUAUUUUUUAAUUGAAAAAGAUCUGUUAAUUUCAACUCCUUUAUUCUGCAGGUAUAUUAUUCUGCAUGUUUUUAAAUUAUAAAACAUUUAUAUAGACAAGCAAUUUAGAAAAAAUAAGAUUUCACAUUUCUAGAAUUAUAAUUGAAAACAAAAUGUGACAUUCUGUGCUACGCCUUACCUGAGUGCUCCAGGUAACGGCAGUGUAGUCAGUGACUAAAACGUUUUUAUCGGAUCCCCCCUCUGCGGACGCCUGCAGGUGUUGACACUGGCAGAUCCCGUCACUUCAGCUGGUGCUGCAGCUACUGGAGAGUAUUUUUCUUUAUGAUUAUUUUAGAAAAAAAAAUUCUUUUCCACAAUGUGGUUUUCUUAGAAGAACAGCAUCUCUUCUUUUCCUCAGCAAGUUUGACACACUGUGGCCGGGGCAGCCGUGUCCUUGGGCAGCGGCCGCACACCAAAGCUGGGAGGAGGCUGGUCGGGGGGCCCGGGCAGAAGGCAGUGGUUUGCAGGGGCGGCUCCCAGACACCCUGCUGCCAGGGAUGGGCUGUGCACCACGUGGGGGGUGAAGUGUGAGCUCCGGACGGGCGAUUACGUGUGCUCAAGAGGGUGUCUGCACCCAGACAUGUGACCCCAUUCAUCCCAGCUGAAGGACUUUCCUAGGAGGCCAGGCUGCCCCUCCAGACCCCUCCAGACCCCAAAUGUUGACUUUCGCUGCACUUUUGAUUCAUCGCUAAACCAUUUGCUGGGGAUUCCUGAGAGCAGAGCUCCCGGCGGCCCUGCCUCCCAAGCCCCGCCGCAGGCUACCUCGGGCGUGUGGAUGUGGAGAGCCUCCCCGCUCCAGAAGGGGACGUACAUGCUGGAACCUGUCGGAACUCCGCGGCUUCCUCACCUGCUCACCUGCUCAACGCUGGAGUCAGGACAGGAGCACGGGGAAGCAUGUGUCUAGACGGCAGAGCCCGUGCCACCAGAGGGCUCUGCGCUGCCGUUCUGGUUUCAGCGAAGACGCAGAACUCCGGCAAGCACUGAGGCUGCUUGGAAAUGUUUUCCAAACCACAGGCUCUUCAGAACCAAGCCGUUCCUACGCUUCCGAUUCAAAAUGGUUGGCGUAAGCCUACUGAGAUCAGGAGACGGAGGCCCCGCACACCACACGGAUACAGUCAGACAGUUGUAAUGCUUUUGCUGCCUCAAGUCGUUUUUAAAUAAAGUCCUUUGGAAUGCAUGAGGAUCAUGCUGCAAUAUCAUUCUAGAGCAAAUAUAUAUAGACACAUAGAUAUAUUUCAAGAUGAGACUAAAGCAGUUUUUAAAUAAAUUACUUGAAUUUUCUGUGUAUUUAAAGAAACGACUGUUUAAUGUACUUGAUGGGCCUCUGGUGUUGCCACGUCUUUGGCCACUAGUGGCACUUUGCAGGUCAUUUGUGUCCGGCUGGCAGUUGGCUGCCUGCUCACGUGCGGCACAUCCGCCAGGCCCCGGUGUCCCAGGAUCGCAGAGGACUGACUUCAGGACUUCAAGAACAUUUCUUCUCUGUAUGGAAACUUGAGGAUGGCCUUGUGAAUCUCAUGCUUGGACAGGGCAAGUCCCACCAGUGAACGUGCUGCCGCCUUUGCUGCGAGCCCUCCGCCAGCGGAAGCCCUUCUCCUCGGGAGGGUGGCACCCCUGGCCUCCUCACCUCGGCCGGCGUCCGUGGCAGCUCACUAUGCAACUUGACCCUCUAGUGGCUUUAGACUGUAGGUCCCCACUCCGAGACCUGGCUGUGCUGUCAGGACCUCGAGACGCAGCCGGUAUCUCAGCUGGUUUCUCGUCCUGGCGACUGGAAAGCAGAUGGAGGCAGGAGAGCAGCGGAUGCAGGGUGGCAGUGACCUGACCUGAAUCCAGAUCCGACCCAAACCACGCCAGACUCGGGUUCAGCCGGGGGCCGCCCCUCGCCGCGGCUUCCCUCCCUCCCUCAACUGAAGGCCCAGGGGCCAGAUACAGGGCUCACCAAAGCCGGUUCACUGCCAUCUGGGAGUGCAGGAGUCUCAGGGCCGGGCUGCAACUUGAUUUUUAGGAGGAAGAGGGGCUUCGCAACCCCGCUCUGAGCAGUGUGUUCACCCUAGAGAUCCCAGCCUCGACUUGACCAAUCUGAAGUAAGGAUAACGAAGGCCUUCAGUGCUCUCCACGUGGCCUUGCCAUGGUCACUGUCAGAGUGUGAACACCCUGAAAGCCAUUGCCAGCCAGAGACGGGCGUGACUGUCAUGUGCUCCUCAGUGACAAGUCGGGGGAUGCACACCGGACUAGUCAAGCUCUCAGCCCUUCAGGUGUUGCCAACCAAAGUCUUUCUUAGUGCGGAGGUCCGGUCAGCGUGUGGACCUGAAAUGAGGUGGAGCAGCGGGGGCUGGGGUUCAGGGUCAGUAGCGUCGGUUUCUUCACGGUUCAUGUGGGCCCGGCCUGGCCACAGCAAGGGCCAGGCUGCCACAUCCUUUAGCCUCAGCCCCUCCCUUGCAUGGAGAUUAUUUCCACAUUGCACUCACUUGAAACUGUCCAUGUCGUCACCUUGUGUCUUAAGGGAAGCCGAGAAGGGCAGGCGGGCAGGCCGUCUUGUCCAUGUACCCGCAGCUUGUGUGGGUGAGGCGGCAGCUCAGGCGUCUGUGGUUUCUAACCUUGUACCUCGGAUAGAUGCAGUGCCAAGGUGGGGCUGGGGAUGCCAUUCACUGUCAAAGGGGAGGUGCUCUGGCUGGCAGCCAUGUCCAGGAGGACGAGGAAGCUGUGCAGGUGCCCGCUGGGGAAGCUAGCCAGGCACCCAGUGCUGUGGGCGCAGCCUAAGCUGGGCUCAUGGCGCCCUCGGGGUUUGGGCCGUGCAGGCUAGUGGUGACUGGGGUGUCAGGCAUGGUGUCGGUUGGUCGAGUCUUGCGUACCGCACACAGACCAGUUACAAACUAGGGUGACGUUGGUCUCAUUUGUGUUGAUUUGUUCCCUAUCAAAGUCAGCUAAGUCAAGAAUCUUUUGGCAAGCUUCCCCUUAACACAUGGCAGAAGUUUCCAGGAAUGCGAGCUGGUGGGAAGGGGCAGAGGCCAUGGGCGCUCAGCUUGGCCAGCCUGCCUGUGACCUCUUGCCCAGGUCUGUCAGUGGACUGGCAUCAUGACGUUGCCUGGUGGCUGAAGAGCUAGCCUUGGAGUGUUCCGUUUUUCUCAGCGCCAGGCAGGGGUCUGAGCUGGAAUCAUCCAACCCGCCAUUGAGCAUGCCAGCCCUUUGUGCUGCCCCUUGGACCCCUGCCCAUGAAAGCCUCGGGCCCCUGGGAGAAGCGCUGUGUCCAGUCCUGUCCCCUGGGGGGAGGCAGGGCCGCUGAGCCCUCCACAGAUGGUUAGUGGCUUCCAACAGCCCUCAGGAGUGUUUCUGGAAGACCCCACCUGUGGAGGACUUGGCCUGUGACCACCUAGAACCCCAAAGCAGAGCAGGAAGCAGCCCUCAGGGCAACAAGAGUGGGGCAGAAGGGCUGCUGUGGCCGCCCUUGGCUCUCCACCACUGGGGCCGUGAUGUCCGGGUGGCAUGUUUGAAAAACCCUUUUGUGGCUAAUGGCUUCUGCGGCCACCAGCAAUAGUGACACCUACUACAGACCAAGUUUGCAAAACACCAAAUAUUGCUGUCCACACUAGACGUGAACCGGCUUCAGGAAAGACACACAGCUCUUCCCACGCUGUUUCGCUUCUGCCUCAGCGGUGGUCCAGCUGUCGCCACCGCACAGCGUGCGGGUGACUGCUGCCGCGGAGUCAGGCCCGUCUGCCCUCCGCCUCCCAGCAGCACACGCCGCCUCUGAGACACACCAGCUCCCUGCCUCCAAGCCUGGUGCCACAGGCCUGUCGUGAGGGACCCCUGCUUCCGAGAGCUCCUGGGGGGUUCUGCCCUUCACCACCUGGGAGAGGUGUCAGUUCAGUUCUGGGUUGAACAAGGCCUGUGCACACAGCAUGUUGGGGACCCAGCCUAAAGUUCUUGUCACCUCCUCAUGCAAAGCCAGCAAUCACUCUCCGGCCAGAGCCCCCAAACCUCGAGGUGGCCCCUUGGCCAGCCCCUCCUUGGGCCUCCAGGAGGACCGAGGACCCCUCCCAGCAGCUGCCCGUUGCCCUCCGCAGGGCUGGCUGUCAGGGGCAUGUCACUCUGUGCCGUGGACUGAGACCAGCUCCUGGUGACAGAAUGACCCGCGUCUUGGAGAUGCCUCGCUGUCAGAGAAACUCCCCAGGCAUCUCGGAACGAAACUAUUUAGUUCCAUUGUGAACUGGCCACAGAACAGCUUUUUAUCAACUUAUUAAGUUGGAGCACUCUAAUAGCUCUUGCUGAUUUAGCAAUGGUAUAAGUGUGUGUUAAACACAUAAUGUUAUGUUUUAGGAGGAGGAGGAGGUCGUCAGGAAGGGUCGUGUCAUUCAUGACUUUCCUGUUAGUUGGGUAAGUGGCCUCAUGUUUGUGUCCGUCUGGACACAGAGCCCUUGGGUUCUGUCAUGUUUCUUUGCCAGGUGAACGUUCGUGGCAUGCACUGCUGUUUGCACCCGCUCUGUCCUGCACAAGGUUCGCUGGUGCAGCGCCCUGAUUGCCUCUGCACCGGGAACCUCCCUGCAUCUGUUUCUCUGUUCCUCUGUGGCUGACUCAAUAAACUUUUCCCUCUGACAUGA